AUGACGAUCGGUCCUACUUUGGGAACCGGCCUGUUUGUAGGCUCAGGCCAGGCCCUCGCGGCAGGCGGGCCUGCGUCGCUCAUCUUCUCCUACGUAUUCAUAUCGGCACUGGUAUACUGCGUGACAAGCGGCAUCGCGGAGGUCUCGACGCACUCCAUCGGCCGAAAUGGCGCGUUGAUCAGUCACACAUAUCAUUAUACGUCAAGCCACUUGGGGUUUGCGAUAACCUAUCUACGCUGGUGUACACUUGCUGUGAUGGUUCCCUUCGAAGUCACGACUGCAAUGGUUCAUCUUGGGUUAUGGACACCGGGUUCUGAUAUUGCGCUGCGCAUGGGCCUCGUCAUGGGUGUGAUAUUCGGCUUUAAUGUGUUACCCGACAAGAUCUUCAGAAGGUCCCAGUCCUUUUUCACGGGACUGAAGUUCGUCGUGACCACCUCACUCAUAUCUAUGGCGGGUUACAUUGCGAUUCGAGACGAUCCCAGCAGACCGGUCAAAGGAUUUCACUACUGGAGUCAACCCGGUCCCUUCAACGAUUUUCUGGCACGCGGGGACUUUGGCCGUUUCCUCGGCAUGAUAUACUGUCUGCUCUGCAGCACCAUCACGGUUGUCUUCAUUCCAGAAUUGACCGUGCAGAGAGCCGAAAAGCACGAUGGGGAGCAAGGGAAUAGCAUUUUUCGGUUCACUCGCAACAGCAAUCUCGUCAUGUUUGUCCUUUACAUCAUGACCGCGCUAUCCGCCACCAUAAUGGCACCGUACACCGACCAAUCGCUCACCAAUGAUGGCAUCGGCGCAGGUCUCUCGCCUUAUACCGUGGGUACCAGGGACUCGGGCGUUCGGGCGCUGCAUAAUGCUGCAGUCGGAAUGAUUCUCCUUUCUUCCGUGGCCUCGGGCCGUUCUUUCCUCCACCUGUCUUCCCGUAUGCUAGCGAACAUGGCAGAAGCCGGCCACGCCCCCGCGAUGUUCAUGGUUCGCAACCGCUGGAAUGUCCCCUAUAUCUCCGUCGCCAUUUCAGCCGGAUUCGCCUGGCUGACGUUCCUAUGCAUGGUCAUGUCAAGCUCCUCUGUGCACAAUUACCUAAUGUUCUUCAUUACCACCUCCGGUUACAUUUCCUGGAUCUGUUCAUGCCUUACCUAUAUCCGUUUCCGACGAGCAGUUGGCCGAGCAGAAAUCGUGCCAGUGCAUCGAUCCUUUGUUCAGCCGUUUGGAACGUGGUUCGCUCUUAUCACCAGUGUCUUGUUGGUCACACUCAACCUCUCCCAGAUUGUCAUUGCUCCCCGUUACCAAUUCAACCCCCGCAACGCGAUCCCUGCCCACGUUGCGGUCGGGAUGUUCAGCACCAUGUACCUCUCUCAUCGGCUCAUAACCGGAAUCCGGAAGAAGACUUCCCAGAUGGAAGCAUCCAAUGACGACGAUGUCGAAACACUGGCAGAGCGAUCUCAGGGCCAGGCCAUGGAGUUGCAGAAGCGCAAGCGCGAAGGCGAGGGAUCAGCUUCAGCUGCCCCUAAUGCGCAAUCCUCCUAA